CUGGACGAACUCCACGCUCGCGGACUGCCCCGGAGCCCUGCUCCGCUACGUGGUGCGCUGCGGGGACGACGCGGGGAGCGCAACAGAGCUGCAAGUGAAGCCCCCCGAGACCCGCGUCACCCUCCACGGCCUGCGGGCGGGCGCGCUGUACACCGUGCAGGUGCGCGCGGACUCGGCCUGGAUGCGGGGCGCCUGGAGCCCGCCCCAGCGCUUCCGCCUCGGAGCCAGGCAAACCGCCGGUCCCCCCGGGCCCGACGCCGAGGUGCUGAGGGUCACCGCCCCCACACCGGCCCGGCCCUCCCCCCCAGAGCCCGAGACCUCCCACGCGUCCAUCGUCCUGGCGUCUCUGGGCAGCUUCGUGGGCAUCCUCCUCCUGGGCGCCCUGGGGUACCUGGGCCUGAGCAGGGCGCUGUGGCACCUGUGCCCGCCGCUGCCCACACCCUACGCCAGCACCGCCGUGGAGUUCCCCGGCAGCCAAGGGAAGCAGGCCUGGCCCUGGGCCGACCCCGGCGGCCUCCCGGAGGAGGCGCGCCCCGUGGAGACGCUGGUGGUGACGGCUUGGGAUGAGGCGGACGCGACCGAAGCUCGGGAGGGAACGGCCGCCUCAGAGGCCCGGAUCUCCGCCGGCGUGGCCGGGCUCCCGCUGCUCCUCGCGGACCGACGGCAGGGUGGGGCCAGCACAGCUGUCCUGCCUGGAAUCGAGGCUGCCCUGGGUCUCGUCCACCCCAAUGGAGGCCCCUUGGCUGCCCGGUCACCACCAGGGCAGCGCUGCUGGGGAAACAGGCCCGGCCGCCAGAGCUUUGAGCCCCAACCAGAUGCACCAGUGCGAGAGGGGCUCCACAGGACACAAGGUGGGGGGACUGGGACCCGGCAUGUCGUCCCCCUGGGACCUGAGACCGAGGCCAGCUAG